GAAAGCGGAAUAUUCGUUGAAUAUCCUAAUUGAAACGGUAUUAUUAUACCGUUUACCCUAUUAUUUAAUGUAACUGUUUCCCCACAUGUACUUAUCUAUUUCCAUUAUCAUUGGUGUGUAGUAAAAACCCCCACCCACAUGGGAUCGCCACCCGCUGAUAAAAACAGAGAAAUAAUGCGGAAGUAAAACUGGGAGCGGGUUUGUUUUGUUUGUUGCCACCAUUCUUUCCUCGUGGACGAAGCCAUACUAGCUGAAUACCCAACUCUCAGUCCACUGAAACAUGUCUAAACUCCAGUCGUUUCGUGUGUUUUUAAAUGAGCGUUUAACCGCGGCAGCUGUGGAGAUUUUCGGGGCAGUUGAAGAAACGGUAGCGGAGUACCACGAUGAGAAUGAUCGGCUACGGAGACUGCUGUGGAUCACACCGGAGAUAAAACUAUGUAACGUAGACUCCCUGCAGCUCUCUCUCUGUGUCUCUGAAGAGGAGGUUCUCCCUGAUCAGCAGCACUGUGAGCAGGAGUGGAGCCCCACUCUGGGGCAAGAGAACCCAGAACUUCCACAGAUUAAAGAGGAACAGGAGGAACUCAGGACCAGUCUGGAGGCUGAUAUCAUAGAGUUCAAAUUCAUUCCUUCCUGUGUGAAAAGUGAAUGUGAUAAGGACCCACUUCAGUCCUUGACUCUUCCCCAAACCCAGAAUGUGGAGAACAGAGAGCGUGACCCUAAACAAGUGGAACUCACACCUUUUGUUACUGUGACCCACCUAAAGGGUCUCUACAUUCCCUGUGACCCUCAAGAUAAUCAAAACAAUACCUCCAGCCAAAGCUCAACCUUAAGCAGCGACCCAGCGGCACUUGACAGCAGCCCAUCGUUGGAUCCCAACCCGCCAUUGGAUCCCAGCCCGCCAUUGGAUCCCAGCCCGCCAUUGGAUCCCAGCCCGCCAUUGGAUCCCAGCCCGCCAUUGGAUUCCAGUCCGUCAUUGGAUUCCAGUCCGUCAUUGGAUCCAAGCCCAUCAUUGGAUCCAAACCAGUCAAUGGUGGAACACUGUUUCAAACCCAGCACCACGUCUAGAAAAACUCACCACUGCCAUGACUGUGGCGAAAUGUUUGCAAUGAAAGCUGACCUGCAGAGUCAUGUGACUCUUUUAAAGAAGAGGCCCAGUGAAUGUCGCUUCUGCAAAAGAAACUACAACUCUACCUGUAAACUAAAGGCCCAUAUCCGACUCUGUCACAGUGGGAAACCCUACACCUGCCCUGUUUGUGGCAAGACCUUCAAACUCAAAGGGAAUCUGUCCAAGCACAUAAGGAUUCACACAGGAGUGGGAGAGAAACCAUUUAGCUGUGGAGACUGUGGGAAAAACUUCUAUCAGAAGGGGGACUUAAGUAGGCAUAUACGGACUCACACAGGAGAGAAAUUGUUUAUCUGUGGUGAUUGUGGGAAAAGCUUCAAUUUGAAAGGGAACCUUAGGAAGCAUAAACUGACUCACACAGGAGAGAAACCAUUUCUCUGUGAUGACUGUGGGAAAGGCUUCAGUCAGAAGGGGACCCUAAGGAAGCAUAAACUGACUCACACAGGAGAGAAACCAUUUAGCUGUGGAGACUGUGGGAAAAGCUUCAGUCAGAAGGGGACCCUAAAGAAGCAUAAACGGACUCACACAGGAGAGAAAUCAUUUAGCUGUGAUGACCGUGGGAGGGGAGGGGGGGUGAAUGAGCCAAGUGGAAGCUGGGGAUGAUUUGGUGGUGGAGAUGGUAUGAGGGCCAGAUUGGGAAUGUAGUCUCUCUUGCCCUCUUUCUGUGUGUGUAAGCGCAAACUGUUUUAAAUGCAUUAUUGUUUUUUCAGUCACAUUUCAAUAACAUUCUUUAUAAUUGCUGUUCAUAACUGCCUUCUCUGGUUUAGUGCUUGCUGUCCCAUCAGUCCCAAGCAGCUGCCAUUAGUCACGUGUUACAAUGUGUUGUCUUUUUAUUCAGUUCAUGCAAGGAAUGAUCGUCCUAGAUCAGCCUAUUACUUAACACGUGGGAAAACAAUGAUAUAAUAUUGUUACGUUAUAAUUUGUAUGGAACUUGUAGUAUAACCCCACCCACAUCGGGGCGCUUUGUUAUGUUUAUGGACUAGCCACCCGCUGAUAAAAACAGAAUAAGACAAUACGGAAGAAACUGUGAGCAGAUUGUUUUGUUUGUGCCCACCAUUCUUUCCUCGUGGAUGUAAACAUACAGGCUGAAUACCCAACUCUCCAUCGACAGAAACAUGUCUAAACUUCAGUCGUUUCGUGUGUUUUUAAAUGAGCCUUUAACAGUGGCAGCUGUGGAGAUUUUCGAGGCACUUGAGCAAACAGUAGCGGAGUACCACGAGGAAAAUGAUCGACUACGGAGACUGCUGCGGAUCACACCGGAAAUACAACUGCGUAGAAUAGGUUCGUGUAUAGAUAUACUGAUAGCUACAGUUCUACUCAAUAAAUAUACUGUUCGGGAUUUCAGUGACCCACAAGUUUACCAUGUUUUAUGAACUAUUACUAGUGAUGGGGAGAACGGGGAUUUAUGAAGCCUUUGGGGCUUUUCACAAAAUUGUGCCUAAAACAAGGCCACAGGUUCCGAUCUAAAAGCCCAGUUUCAACUGUUCUGAGAGGACAGCUUCGGUAUUACAGUUUAACUGAAGACCGGCCAAGACAAAUUCCAUAGAUAGAAACCGUGGUGUCAUAUAUUUGUAGGCACUAACUCUGGCAUAGUUAGUUGAAAAAAAAGCCUACGAGAAAAUUGAAUGCCGUUUUGGUCUGUGGUAAACACAGGAGAUAUUAUACGUUUUGUUCUCUGAGAAUCUUCAUCAGUUAAUGUCACUUUUUGUGAAUUUUGAAGAAAUUGUUGUGAAAAAAGUACAAAGCCAUAACUGCAGGAGGUAGGGGUGCUGUAUCACCCCCUGAUUAAUGAACAACAUCUACUUAUUUCAAUGUCAUUAAUGUCCCACUUAUUAUAUUACUCCCAUGGGCUUCAUUAUUCCUGUGAGCAGACAGAACAUGACUCCUCAGCAGCACCCUUAACCCUAACCCUAACCCUAUUACUCCCAUGGGCUUUAUUAUUCCUGAGAGCAGACAGAACAUGACUCCUCAGCAGCACCCUUCCUUUGGCAGUGAUUACAGCUGGAUACAUGUUUUGUAAUGUUUUUUUACUCUCUGUCAAUUGGGUUAGUAUUGUGGAGUAACUACAAUAUAGUUGAUCCAUCCUCAGUUAUCUCCUAUCACAGCCGUUAAACUCAACUGUCUAAAGUCCCCAUGGGCCUCGUGGUGAAAUCCCUGAGCGGUUUCCUUCCUCUCCGGCAAAUGACUUUGAAAGGACGCCUGUAUCUUUGUAGUGUCUGGGUGUAUUGAUGCACCAUCCAAAGUGUAAUUCAUAUCUUCACCAUGCUUAAAGGGAUAUUCAAUGUCUGCUUUUAUUUUACCCAUCUACCAAUAGGUGCCUUUCUUUGUGAGGCGUUGGAAAACCUCCCUGGUCUUUGAGGUUGAAUCUGUGUUUUAAAUUUACUGCCCGAAUGAUGGACCUUACAGAUCAUUGUAUGUGUGGGGUACAGAGAUGACGUAGUCAUAAAAAAAUAUAUUGAACACACAGUGAGUCCAUGCAACUUAUUAUGUGACUUGUUAAGCAAAUGUUUACUCCUGAAAUUAUUUAGGGCUUGCCAUAACAAAGGAGCUGAAUUGACUCAAGACAUUAGUAUUUCAUUUGUAAAAAUGUCUAAACGUAAUUCCACUUAUUUUAAAUGGCGACGGUGCAUAAAGAUGAAAGAAUUCAGAAAUGAAAUCUUUAGUUUGAGCACUAUCCAGACUUUUUAAACUAUGGCGCGCGACAUUGUUCAGAAAAAACUACUUUUUC